GCGCGCGUGUGUGUUCGUGCAUGCAUCUAUGAACUUUGGUGGAACCCCUGGUGCACAUCUGGCCACUGCUUUGAGUUCGGAUGACGCUGUGCCCCUUACAGGCAAAUAAUCAGGAAAGUUGCGGCUGAAAUCUGAACGACAGGAGUUUCAAAUGUCAAAAUAUCUGCGUGAGAGUAAGGAAAGGAAAAGGGGAGUUGAAUGGCUGGAAUCUCGGGUAACGGGAAGCUUCGCCAGUGGCUGAUUGAUCAGGUGGACGGGGGAAAAUACCCCGGUCUGGUGUGGGAGGACCGUGAAAAGAGCACGUUCCGUAUUCCGUGGAAACACGCCGGCAAGCAGGAUUAUAACCGCGAGGAAGACGCGGCGCUCUUCAAGGCCUGGGCGCUCUUUAAGGGCAAAUAUCGCGAAGGCAUCGAUAAACCGGACCCUCCGACAUGGAAAACGCGCCUCCGCUGCGCCCUGAAUAAGAGCAACGACUUCGAGGAGCUGGUGGAAAGGAGUCAGCUGGACACCUCCGAGCCUUAUAAAGUUUAUAGAGUCAUCCCAGAGGGCACCAAGAGAGUGUCUUGCGAGAGAACAUCCACGAUGACAAGCCCUCACAGCUUCCCACUGUACCCAGCAUACACAUCUCUGCAGAGUCAAGUUCCUAACUUCCUGUCUCCCGUUGAGAAAGGAUGGAGAGAUUUGCCAGAGCAAGCUGCAUUUCCAGAUUUCUACUAUCCCUAUAGUCCAAACUCGUACGCGGCGUCCUGGGACCCAGUUGGUUACCAGAUCAACAACUCUUUCUACAGCUGUGGUGGCUUUGACCCUUCAUCAUCCAGCUUCAACUAUGAGCAGAGCAUGAGAUCUGCAGCUUUCUCUGAUCCCAGACUGCAGGUGUCUGUAUUCAGUGGGGAUUCUCUGAUCAGGGAGGUGACUGUGUCCAGCACAGAGGGAUGCAGGUUGGCUCUUUAUGAAGAAAACCAGAAUUACGGAGGCCCUGAACUGGUUCAACUUCCUCAGUGUGAGGGCACAGAGCUGGAACAUGGUGUACUGAUCUGGAUGGCUCCUGAUGGACUGUGUGCCCGCCGGCUUUGCAAUGCCAGGGUCUAUUGGGAGCCAGCGCCCAACACCAACGCGGAUAAGCCUAAUAAACUGGAGAGGAACCAAACCAGCAAACUUCUGGACAUCCACCAGUUCAUGGCAGAGUUACAAGGCUACUAUCUACAGGCACGGCCUCCUCCUAGUUUUCAAGUUCUGUUGUAUUUUGAGCAGUGCCAUGACAUCCAAGCUCACAGGAGACCCUUAACAGUGCAGGUGGAGCCACUUUUUGCUCGGCAGUUGUUCAUUCUGAGUCAGCAGGGCAGCACACACCACAUGAGGGCUCCUGAUACCUCUCCACUGAUGUGGGAGCAGAUGCCACCUUCUCAGCAGAACAUCUACACAGGGAGUUCCCAUCAACAUGACACCCUACAAGACUAAAUACCACGUGACACACAAGUGAGGAAGUAGCUGACAUUCCAUUAUGUUUGCUUCAUUGCAUUAGUAGAAAAUAUAAUUCCGAACUCAAAGAAGCCUAUAAGAGAUACUGUGAGAUCUAUUAGCAGGAAUGAGACUCUACUUCUUUUAGGACUUUUUGUUUCUCUGCUGUAGCAUUAUUGUAGUUCUAUAGCAUCUCAUGGACAAUUCAUUCUUAGACUUACUCAUUUAUCUAGAUUUUUACUUGCUUCACUGAUGAAUAAUAUGUCAAAUAUGAUGAAAUGAAAGACAUUGUAGCUUAAACGGCAUUUAUUUUGUUCUAAAUGAUUUUAUAAGAGAAGAAGAAUGUAAAAGGGCUGUUUUAUGUCUUGAGAAAAUCUGUUUUGACUUCCCAUUAAAGUAAGUUCACCUGUAA